GGCAUCUUGGUUGGUGGCUACUAAAUGAAUAUCUUCUGAAUUCUUGACCUACUGCUCAACACAGCAUCAAUUUGUAGCUGUUACUGAGUGGUCAGGUGGGUUAUAUGUGUCUCCAACCAUGGCUGGAAGCAGGCCUGGUGGUUUAAUUGCUGGGGCUUGGGCGGCAAUGAUGUCUCUUGGGGAAGAAGGUUACUUGGAGAACACAAGAAAGAUCAUGGAAGCUUCAAAGAUGAUAGAGAAAGGAAUAAAGGAGAUUCCUGAGUUAUUCAUUGUUGGUAGGCCAGACAUGACAAUUGUGGCAUUUGGAUCUACUGUUCUGGAUAUAUUUGAAGUCAAUGAUAUCAUGUCUUCCAAAGGCUGGCAUCUGAAUGCAUUGCAGAGGCCCAAUAGCAUCCAUAUCUGCAUUACACUUCAACAUGUACCGACUGUAGAAACCUUCCUCCAAGAUUUGAGGGAAUCCGUGAAAACUGUAAAAGAAAACCCGGGGCCAAUAAGUGGAGGCCUGGCUCCCAUAUACGGUGCCGCAGGGAAGAUGCCAGACAGAGGCAUGGUUGGAGAUUUGUUGGUCAAUUAUAUGGACACCACAUGCUAGUGUCAUUUCCAAACAUAGGUUCUGAUUGCUUCACUUCACCUACAAUUUCGUUUGUUACAUCUUCUGGAUGAUUCACAGAGGCAAUUAAUUCCAUCUAAUUGAGAUGGGGCGCUUAAUAUGUAAUUGAUCUUUAAGAUUGGAAGUGGUCCUUUUGUUCUUUCCUGUGAACCGAUAUUGUCAAUUUGUCAAUUGUCAUGAUAGCUUAAGAAUUAAGAUCUAGUAGAUUAUUAGAUCAAUACGCUUCAUUU